UCUCAUUUUCGCGUGAAGUGUGACAGCGACAGCUCCAGCUCUAAUCAAAAUGGCUUCUGCCAAGUACCACCGUCGGAAUUCUCUGUGGAACUCUGACCAAUUUUUCUAAUAUUCCACCGGCUAACUGCAAAAAUCAAUUUGUUAGCUAGACAAUCCACAUUUGAGGAAAUAUAUUUCUUCUCGAAAAUUAUCAAAUCUAUUCCCAGAACGUUUCUUUUUUAAAUGUGCUAACUCAGUAGUUUUCUUUUAUUUUUUUUUUAAAUUGUAAUCAAGUGAAAUCAUAUCUCUCAUUUCCUGUUCGUGUUUCUAAGAAAAAAAAAUAAAAUAAAAAGAACAAUCAUCGAAUUACUUAAGGUAACGCGUAAUCGCUAUGGCAAACGGUAGCGGUGGUGGUGGAGGAGGCAACUCUUCGGAGAGCUCGCGCGAAAAUGGGUCAUUGUACUUAAAAAAAAUCGGCAGUGCACUUUUUUACGGACUCGCUUCGUUCAUGAUCACAGUCGUCAAUAAAACAGUCCUCACGUCCUAUCAAUUUCCAUCGUUUCUAUUUUUAAGUUUGGGUCAGCUCUGUGCCAGCAUCGUGGUGCUUUACAUGGGAAAACGCCUCCGCUUUGUCAGUUUUCCCGACAUAGGACGCGACUCAUUUGGGAAGAUUUUUCCUCUGCCAUUGAUUUUCCUGGGAAACAUGAUGUUCGGUCUGGGGGGAACAAAAGAACUUAGCCUCCCGAUGUUUGCUGCUCUGCGGAGAUUUUCAAUUCUAAUGACCAUGUUGUUGGAACUAAAAAUCCUCAAGGUACGCCCGUCAACAGCUGUCCAAGUGAGUGUCUAUGCCAUGAUCGGAGGAGCACUCCUCGCAGCCAGUGACGAUCUCUCCUUCAACAUGAAAGGCUAUGCAUACGUUAUGAUCACAAACAGCCUUACAGCAGCCAAUGGAGUAUUUGUGAAGAAGAAAUUGGACACCAUCGAUAUGGGAAAGUACGGCCUGAUGUUCUACAACUCGCUCUUCAUGUUCAUUCCCGCCCUUAUGGUGACCCUAUUUACUGGGGAUCUAGAGCAAUCGGUAAAUUUCCCACAUUGGAACAACAUGUUCUUCGUUGUACAGUUCUUCAUGAGCUGCUUCAUGGGCUUUGUCCUCACCUACAGCACAAUGCUUUGCACACAAUAUAACUCAGCCCUGACGACCACAAUAACCGGCUGCUUAAAAAACAUAUGUGUGACAUACUUGGGAAUGUUUAUCGGCGGCGAUUACAUAUUCUCUUGGGUUAAUUGUAUUGGAAUAAAUAUAAGUGUGUUCGCUAGUCUACUUUAUGCGUAUGUGACUUUCAAGAGAAAGGAAGCCCCCGAUAAGGAAUCGCUUGUUCCUCUAACUAAAGUCGAGUCUUGGGACAAUAUGUUAAGAAAAUUAUCUGGUGGGUUAUUCCAAAAACCUACAACAUCUCUUUUGCGUGCUGAAUUUUCUUUGGCAGGGGAUUCUGCGAUUCUUAAAAAUGAAUCAUUCAAGGCUGAAUCUAUUGAAGAGUCUCAACAUCAAAAUACAGAAAACAUGGAUAAAUUCACAAAAGAAUUUAUGAGCAACCGCAUUGAAGUGACACCAUUUCAAAAAUUCAUACUAAGUGCAGGUUCUUCGAUUGCAUCGAUAGUUGACCCUCAUCGUCAUGAUAUGAUCGCAUGUUUGGGGGAAACCACUGGCACAAAUGCUCUCGAAUAUAUGCUUGCAACUAUGAAAGCCACCGAAGAGGGACUGCGUAUUUUAGCUGAUAAGCCGCGUAUAAAUACGACAACUGUUGACAUGAACUAUCUAAGAAGUUUGCCUGAAGAAAGUUUUGGCAGAUCUUAUGUGAAAUUUCUUGACGAUAAUAAUGUAACACCGGACUCACGAAUGGAGGUUCGUUUUAUUGAAGAUGCACAGCUGGCUUAUGUUAUGACGCGUUAUCGAGAAUGCCAUGACCUAGUGCAUACGAUCUUAGGUAUGCCAACUAAUAUGUUGGGUGAAGUGGCUGUUAAAUGGGUUGAAGCAUUAAAUACUGGCUUGCCAAUGUGCUAUGGAGGUGCUGUGUUCGGAGCUGCUCGGUUAAGGCCAAAACAAAGAAAAGAAUAUAUUUCAAGGUAUCUUCCAUGGUCGAUACAAAACGGAAAAUCAAUCAAGCCACUUAUGGCCGUAUACUGGGAAGAAAGAUGGAAACAACCAAUUUCUCAACUGCGUGAAGAAUUAGGCAUUAAACUUCUAGAUUGAGAAUUAAAAGUCCAUUAAGUAUGUAUUUUUAUUAAUUUAAACAAUUCAAAUAAAUAUCUUAAACAAAAUUUAA